GCAAAAUCCCUCUCCUAUCAGCGCCUGCAGAGCUUUCGUGUCGUCCCCUGUUGGCUUUCGUCUUCUGAUAAUAUCGCUCCCAGUAAUGUUUAUGUUCGGCAGCUCAUCGUCGCCUACCACCACGGCAUGCGGUCCCCUCCCGCCCCAUGCGCCGCACUGCCGUGCGUCACGGCCAGCAGCCCAACUCGAGCCGCAGUUACGCACGCCGCACAGGCAUGAGAGCCGCGGCGAGUGCAUCGUCAAACAGCGGCAUCCCCACCACCAACAGCGCCAGCACGCCCACCACUGCCGCCAGUCCACCAGAGGCGCCUAGCAGCCCCGCCGCACCCAUCGCCCGGACUCCCGAGCGCCCCGGCACUCCCGAGCCGCGGACACCCGAGGCGCCUCGCCGAAGGCGGCCUCUCCUCGAGUGUGUGGAGAGCGAUGACGAGUCGGAUAAUGGGGAGGGGGGUGGGAGUGGGGAGCCGCCGAGGAAGCGGCUGAGGGUGUUGUGCGACAUCGUAGAGGGGAGUUUGGUGGCCUGCGUGCAUGCGGACGGCGGCUUCGCCCUCAUCGAGGAGGAGUGGUGCGGCUUCCAAGAUGUCCUGAUGUUCCCUGAGGACGUGUCUGAGUGGGGGGUGGUGGGCGGGACGGUGCUCGAUGAGGAGGGGUAUGUGGUGCGGCUGCCCGAGGCCACCCUCAGCCACAUGAGGGACCUCUACGGCACCGCCAUGACGACGUGAGUCGACACCGAACGCCGACCGAACACAUUGAUAGUAAGCACACAGACACAGAGAGAGGGAGGGAGGGUGGGAGGCCAUGGGAGGGGUGCAUUCACCUACUUAUUGUGUGUGUGUGUGUGUGUGUGUGGUCGAUGUGGGUGCAGGUGCGUUGCACAAGUUCGGUCGGUGGGCGGUGUCGUCACGUCAGAGUUUGGAGUGACUAGUGGUAUUCUGCUGGAGCGAGAGAGCGAGUCGGUCGAGGACAUGCCGGCCGCCGAGUGUGUGGCAAGGAAGACACGAUCAUAGAGAAACACACAGACAGACCACUGCAGACAGAGAUGGCGUCUGCAUCCGCCUAUGAGAGAACCCCACACGACGACUGUCCGCCGCGUGUACUGUCUUGUGGCUGGCUGGAUGGCUGUCUGUAUUUUUUGUCCACCGUGGGUGGCCUGUCUGUCUGUCUGUCUGUCUGUUGUCAUUUGUGGAGUGUACUGCAGUGCGUCCAUCGCACGUUUGGACUGUCCUGCAUCCGUUUGUUCUGGCUGGCUGUUUGGCUGCAAUGAUGACUGACUGCCGGCUGGUGCUGAUGAGGUUUGUGUGUGGCGGCAGAGGGCGAGUGUCGCUGCCGUGGAUGCGUAGCGGUGUGUGCAUCCCAUUUGUGUGUGUGGGUGUGGUCUGGCUGGCGUGGGUCUGUUGUGUUGUGUUGUGUUGUGUUGUGUGAGAAGGGCCUCGUGUACCAUAAGAUAAUGCGUGCUGCGUAGGUCUGGCCACCGCAAAAAAAAGACAAGAAAAGGAGGGGCCCAUGGCCAGCUGUCUGGCCGUGGUGCCCUUCGAAAAGCUUUGUGUGAUGACUGCAUGCAUGUGUCCCUUUCCCCCUUCAAAGCCUGGCUGAUGACGGCUCUGCCCCUCACACUCACACGUGUCCCCAUGGCUGGUGGGUGGGUUUCGUUUUCGCCGUCUGUCCCUCUCAUUUCGUUUGCCUGGCCUGUGUGUGUGCAUCAUUGCAUUCUUUAGUCAUUUUUACUGUCAUUUCUGACGUCAUUUGGCAGCUAGGGUGCUGGGUCGGGUGCUCUCGGGCUGCCGAGCGGCCAGAUCCAAUAAGGUGGGAGUGUCUUUCUGAGGGCGUCAGCCACCUGUGUGUGUGUCGGGGUGAACAGAGAGGACAGCGAAUGCCCCCAGAAGAAGGCAAAAAGAGAGCUCAUUAGAAAGCACAGAGAGAGAGAGAGGUCCGGCAGAGGGCCGCCUACAAGAGACGAGCAAAGGCAACAGGCAGUCCACCGAGCCAGCAGGUCAGUCAGCACCUCACACCACAGCUAGCACUCCAAAGCUGAAUGAGUAUCUGUGUGUCUGUGUGUGUGGUUCGUGUGUGCUUCAGGUUGGUUGACUUUGCAGCGCUGACUGACCCACAUCUCUCGCCGUAUCAGGCAGCGGCAGCCCCGCCGCACUGCAGCAGCCUCGCCCUCGCCCUCAAGCACGGGCAUGAGCAGCACGCCGAGAACAAGGAGAGAGGAGGACAUCCUGGGGGCCGUCCUUAACAGACAGAUGCGUGUGGCUCCUCAUACAACAUCUGCCGUUGGUUCGUCUGUCCGUCUCGCCUCGCACCCCAGCAACAAACCGGCACAUGGGCGGGCGGCACUCAUCAUCUCUAGCGGCUACCUGCGCUCGGCAUCGGCUGCCGAGCAGGCCCUCUCCCUCACCCACUGGCAGCCGCCCAACGAACGUGCCAGGAGGCGCCUCGCCCACCAACAACGGCAGCUGACACCCGCCGGACGCUUUCCAACAAGCCAUCGUUGUCGACUGUCCACAGGGUGAUUGGCUCGCAUCGCAUCGCAAGGCAGGCGGCUCGUGAGGAAUGUCGACCGAAGAGGGUGUUUUCGGCGCUGGAGCGGGGCGACACGGUCGGCCACUCCGCCCGGUCGGGGCCGAUUGACGAGGAGGGGGCGGGGCAUGGCAUGCUGACGGGGCGUGGUACUGUACGGCCAGAGUGGGGCUGGGCUGCUGUGUCGCGCGACGAGACGAUGCUGUGCCCAUCGACGAGGCCCCUGUCUCAGACCUACUUGGACACUUCCUCGGUAAGCCAGCCACCCAAACACACCAACCAACCGACACAAAGAGGUGACGUGACUUGAUCCUGAAUUCCCUUCAGGCUUUUUGUGCCAGGGUCAUGACGUGAAGGUGGCCGAGGAUGCCCUCCGCAUCGAGCACCUGAGCUCACUCUUCCAUUACACCACACUCAGGAGCCUUCGCGCCCUCCUGCUGGCCGGCCUCUGUGCGCCGCGCCGGCCCGCGUGGCGCCACCUACCAGCCCGACAGUGGCAAGGGCGGGCAAGGCACCCGCUCAUUCCCGGAGAGGUGGUCCUCCGACGACCUGGAGCCGCAGGGCAUGCAGCUCCCCCACUCUUGGUCUUUGCCCUACUCGGAUUUCGCACACCAACCUUCGUGUGCUUGCUCUGCUGCUCCGGCUGUGGCCGCGUAUUCUGUGGCGGUGCGACCCUGGAGCGGCACUCCCGCCGUCAGGCUUCCCCCCUCCCAUCAUCCACCAUCGGCACUGCCGUCCCAGCGCCGUUUCCCUCGAUCCACCCCUCUGCGCCACUGGCCCCCGCUGCACUGCACACCAUCGGCAGGCUCUGAUGCUGCCCUUCGUGCGUCGCUCAGAAGGUACAUGAGGGAGCACUGGAGGCACCAGGCAAUACCCACCGGUGGGCUUACGUGUGUGUCUCGUGUGUGUGCCUUGGCAGGUGGGCCAUGUCAGUCAGUCGUCCGAGCCAGCCCACGAUGGGCGGGGGAAGGCCGCUUCGGCCGUAUCCCGUCCAUCACGGAUGGCUCAGGCGACGUGUGUGGUGUGGGAGGGAGGCGUAGUCGUAUCGACGAUCGUCUCGCCCACCCACACACACACAUGCCCGCCCUUUGGUUGCCGAGAGUCGUGUGAAGCCCGACGCCCAACACAAUGGAUGUCACACUGGUGAGCUCCUCCAAAGAAACACAGCACCCUCAACACGCUGGAUGUGUGUUGUGUUGUGUUGUGCUGUGCUGUGUUGUGUGUGUUCAGGUGGUUAAGAGUCUCUAGUCCUUCCCCUUUGUGUGAGCGGGGGAGGGAGGGAGGGAGGGAGGAUCAGUGCGCCACACCACUGCCCAUAAGGUAACCACACCACACACGAGAGGAAGACGUUCUUCACUCAUGGGCUCAUCGUGUGGCUUGUCUGUCUGUCUGUCUGUCUGUCUGUGACUGCAGUUUCGCGCAUCAAGGCCGGCCUCUCACUCGGUGUCUGCCCCGCUCUCUCGUCAGUCUGCCCUUCGUCCGUGUCGCCGACAAACCCAGCCCGCCCAAGCUCUCUCUCUGUCUUGCAUUCACUCACUCGCCACUGGCGUCGCGUCCCUCGACAACAGCCGAGUCCUCAAUGGUUCGUUCAGCCACCCGACCUGACUGAGAGUGGGGGAGAGGGGGGCCUGUGAAGCAGAAGGGGCCGCGCGGCUGUUGUGUCUGCGUCUGAGUGCCACCACAUGGCAGAGAGAGACAGAGUUGAGGGGGCGGUCCAUCGAAUCGGAUCAUGUCCGUCCCGUCAACCGCCCCAACGCCCCUUUGUUUGUGCGGCCAGCCACAACUGACUGCAUCAAUCAAUAUAUGGCAAUGUACAGUACCUACCUUUUCAGCAGUGUGGAGAGCUCUCUGUCUGUGUGGGUACGGUUGAGGGUGUAUGUGUGCGUGGGGGGUUUGGGCGUUGGGUGUGUGGGCCGUGAUGGGCGAGUUACAUACUGAGCCGACCAGUGUGGCCAUUUGCCUCCCUCCCUCCCUGUUUUUCGCAACUCACCUCAUCUCAUCUCAUCUGUACGCUCCCACCACUUGUGUGCCCAUGUCUUCUCUGUAUCGUG